CUUGGAGCUUUCGAGCUACUGUCAGCAGUCUGCACAGCAAAAGCGCUUGCUGGACUUCCAUUCGAGCCAGAAGCAUAGUACGAGGCCGUGAAUCAGGGGAGACCAUGGAGAGUACCGUCAGGCUGCAGCCGAUGAAGCCUAUGUAUGAUGCCGUGAUUCAUGAUGAGAAUUGGACGGGCAUGACGGACGCAAAAGUGCGGCGUCGCCUUCAGAACCGCCUCAAUCAAAGGGCAAGGCGACGUCGUAAGGAGCAAUAUGUGGCUUCUACUUUCUUGAUGCAAUCUCGGGGCAAUCACAUACCGGCAGGCAUGUUAUCCCGAAGCCCGAUAAUUACGAAUGCGGAAAUCCUUCCAUUCGCGCUUCCUCUAUCGGUUGAUCACCUUCUAUCCCUGGUGCAAUUCAAUGUCUUUCGUGCCCUUGUCACCAACAUGACCAUUCUCUCUCUGCCAGAUGUUUUUAUUUGCGAUGAGCCGAAUAUUAAAGUAUCGGCUUUGCCUCUCCCCAACCACAUCCCACCGGCCCUAAUGCCAACUGCCUUGCAACGCUCAGUCUUCCAUCACUCGUGGAUGGAUAUAUUUCCGUUGCCGGCGUUACGUGAUAACUUGAUAUGUCUUCAAGGGAGAUUUGAUUUCUGUGACCUGUGCGAUGAUGUAGUAGGUGCCAUGUGGGAUGAUCAACUCGAACCCCAUGACGAGAGGAAUGGCCUCGUUGUCUGGGGAGAACCAUGGGAUAUAAAGUCGUGGGAGGUUAUGGAGGGCUUCUUAAAGAAAUGGGGUUGGGUGCUUACAGGGUGUAAUGAGUUGAUAGAAUCCACAAACAGAUGGAGACAGUUGAGGGGCGAGAAACCUUUUUUGUACAGCGAUAUACCUGUAGAGCCCUUUUAACGACUUGCAAGAGGCCAUUUGACAGGCUUACUUUAUCUUCAUUCAUGAUGUAAAUUAUAUUAAGAGAAUGUAUUGAUUAAUUAACU